AUGGAGCUUCCAGUAUCUGAGAAGUUUCAUCACCCGUAUUCACCAUACGAUAUUCAACUCCAAUUCAUGCAAUCUCUGUAUACAUGUCUUGAGGAAGGCAAAGUUGCUAUCUUUGAGUCUCCCACUGGGACUGGAAAAUCUCUGAGCCUGAUAUGUGGCUCCUUGACGUGGCUUCGCGAUCACAAGCGCAAAUCGUUCCUCGAAACUGUGCAGAACGUUACAUGUGAUGACGAUGAGCCCGAGUGGAUGAUGGAAUUCGCAAAGCGCGAAACAGGUCGUGCUAUUGCUGAGAAACGGAAAGAAUUUGAGCGGCGACUGGCGAAAGUUAGACGAGAGGAAGAGCAACAGACAGCCGCCCUUAAUAACCCAGAUGGUCCUAGAAAGCGACAGAAAAUCGGAAAUGCGUUGCCAAAUGGUGAUGAUAUUGAUGACGACAACCAGUUCGCGCUCGAUGAUUACGAUAGCGAGACUAACGGUCCUAGCCCUUCGCUCAAGGAGUCUACUGCCUCCAAUGGACUUUCUUCCAGCACACUCGAGCUACUGGAACGCCUUAAAGGGCAUGAGUCGAAAGUCCAAUCUGAAGAAGGUGACGGAACAGAUGACAUUAAGAUUUUCUACUGCUCGAGAACGCAUUCGCAACUUAUGCAAUUUGCAAAUGAGUUAAGGCGCGUUACAUUACCAUCGAGUGUGCCCGAGGAAAUAAAAGAGGUUUUUACUGAAGAAGAGCUAGAAGAGCGCAUCAAGCACCUCUCACUUGGAUCCCGGAAAAACCUCUGCAUCAACCCUAAAGUGGCUUCUUUGGGAGAUCCAACGGCAAUCAAUGAACGUUGCUUGGAACUACAGCAACCUAACACAACAGAACAACAGCGAUGUUCCUUUCUACCAUCGAAGGAAGAUGAAAUGAAAGCAUUGUCGUUUCGGGACCACGCGCUAUCAACGGUGAAAGACAUUGAGGAUUUGGGAAACCUUGGCAAGAAAAUGAAUAUAUGUCCCUACUACGCAUCUCGCCCAGUUGUCAGCCAGAGUGAGAUUAUAACCCUUCCGUAUCCGCUACUCCUACAACGAUCAGCUCGGGAGGCCCUUAAUAUAUCAAUCAAGGACCAUAUUAUUGUCAUCGAUGAGGCCCAUAAUCUUAUGGACGCAAUAUCCAACAUCCACUCGGUAACCAUUACGCUUUCUCAACUACAAACAUCAAUCUUCCAAUUAACCACAUAUGCUCGAAAAUUCAAGACUCGCCUAAAAGGAAAGAAUCGCAGUUAUGUCGCUCAGGUCAUCCGCUUGAUCACCUCCAUUGCGGAUCACCUUCAGUCCAUUUUAAACAACAAACAACCCAGCGAAGGCUCUGUUCUCCCAUCCGAUUUGAUGUCGGGGAAGGGCGUUGAUCAAAUUAACCCGUAUAAACUAUCGCGGUAUCUGCAAGAGAGCAAACUGGCGAGGAAAGUUGACGGUUACGUCGACUUCGCACAAAAUAAAACAGAGCAACGAACAACGACCAAGGCUACAGUUCCUGUUCUUUUUCACAUACAAAGCUUUCUACUACCGCUAAUGAAUGUCUCCGCCGAGGGUCGAUUAUUCUAUACCAAGGUCCAAGGGGAUAUCCAGCUAGAUUACAUGCUUCUUGACCCAACUAAUCACUUUCGUGAAAUUGUUGAGAAUGCGAGGGCGGUCAUACUAGCUGGAGGGACCAUGUCUCCUAUGUCUGACUACUUGAGCCAUCUCUUCUCCUACGUCCCGAGGGACCGCCUGGAUACGUUCAGCUAUGGCCAUGUCAUCCCGUCAGAAAAUCUGACUGCGCAUAAUCUCGCCCUGGGCGUUCAGGGCUCUGAAUUUGAUUUUACCUAUGACGGCCGUGAUUCUGAGAAAAUGAUAUUUGACCUCGGGUUAACAAUCGCUAGAAUCUGCCAUGCCAUUCCUGAUGGCGUUGUUGCUUUCUUUCCCAGCUACGACUAUCUACGCCAGGUGCUAAACAUAUGGAAAAAACCAAUCCCAGAUGAAAGAGGUCAAUCAUUCUACCAAAUAAUCGAGAAAGAAAAGCCAAUUAUAUACGAAUCACGAGAGAUGGAAACCACAACAGACGAUCUUCUUCACCACUACGCUAACGUCAUUGAAAACGGCAAGGGGGCGUUGCUCCUGUCCGUGGUUGGCGGGAAGUUGUCGGAGGGCAUCAAUUUCUCAGACAAACUAGGAAGAGGCGUUCUAAUUGUCGGCCUCCCAUUUCCUAAUAUACGCAGCCCAGUUUGGCAAGCUAAAAUCAAAUAUAUCGAACAGAAGGCUUACCAGAAUCACUCAUCUGACCCUGAAGAAACUCGGCGGUCAUCCGCCAAAGCCGCUGGGAGGGAUUUCUAUGAGAAUGCUUGUAUGCGGGCCGUGAACCAAUGCAUCGGCCGGGCCAUCAGACACCGCAAUGAUCAUGCCGCUAUCGUCCUCAUUGAUAAGCGAUAUGGAAGAUCAAAGAUACAGUCGAAACUACCUGGAUGGAUUCAACAAAGCUUCAAAAAAGACUCGGCUAAUUUGCCGGCGGGGGCAACCUUGGGAGCCCUUGCUCGAUUUUUCUACAACAAAAUGAGAUGA